CUGUUGCGUUUUGUUUACGGCGGCAUUUUCUUUAUUUCACAAGAAUUAGUUGAAUUAACUAAAAAUAGGCACGUCCGAGACCAUGGACGCCAAGAAAAUAUCCUUUGGCUUCAGCAAGGUGGCCAAAAAACCCAAUAUCCUGCCCAGCAAGCAGCCAAAGGAUGAAAACAAAGUGGAGCUCAUCAAGUGUUUGGAGGGCAAGGAAAUCAAGCUUGUAGCGGAGAGAGUGGAGGCCGCUCCGCUGAUCAUCGAGAUGCAGGGCAGCCAGAAGACCUCUGCCGCUCUGGCCAGCUUGAUGAAACGACGGGCAGUGCUGCUGGGCGAAGAGGAGCCGGAUCCGGAGGAGGUGACCCCUGCGGCUCAGUCCGUUGCCGAGGUCACAGCUGGUCCGGCUGCUGCAGAAAACCUGGAACAGCGAGCUGCUCGAGAACUGCUUGCGGCUAGCCAAAAUAAUGGAGAUAACUUGACCGCGGAAAAACUAGUGUUGCCGGCGGUGAAGGCCGACGAACUACCUCUCGAUGGCGCCAAGGAGGCCACGCUGGACGACUACGACAACAUACCCAUCCAGCAGUUCGGUCUGGCCAUGCUGCGCGGCAUGGGUUGGGUGGAUCCGCCGCCUAAGAAGAAGGGUUCCGGACCCAUCGACGACGCCCCCUUCUUGCGGCCAAAGGGCAUGGGUUUGGGAGCUGACAAGGCACUCAAGCCCAAAGCUCUGCUGGUACAGCCGGAAAAGAAUGAGCUUCUGGAGAUCAAGAAGCAGGCGUUCGUCCGAAUCCUCGGCGGCAAACAGAAGGAUCAGUACGGACAAAUCGAAGGCUUCGACGACCAUGCAGGGCGAGUCAUCGUCAAGAUGGCCAUUGGGGGAGCUAAAGAGGCGUUCAACGAGUUCCUCUGUCAGCCAGUGUCUCGAAAAGAGUACGCGCAGUACGGCAAAUGCAUAAACACCGCCAAGUACGAAGAGUUCAAGAAGCAGGAGAACGAGCAUGGCCAGAUAAUUUUAAAGCAAGAGAAACCAACAGAGAGAAGGGACCGAGAUCGCAGGGAGGACGAUAAAUCACAACGGGAUGAGCGCAAAGAGCAGAGACAUUACAAGGACGAAGAUCGCAGGAGGUACAAAGAGGAAGAUCGAAAGUCGUACAAGGAUGAGGACAGGAAAUCGUACAAGGAUGAGGACAGGAAAUCUUACAAGGAUGAAGAACGGAAAUCAUACAAGGAUGAGGACAGGAAAUCAUACAAGGAUGAGGACAGAAAAUACAAGGAUGAGGAUAGGAAAUCGUACAAUGAUGGGAGGAAACCCUACAGGGAAGACGAUAGGAGAGCAUACAAAGAAGAGGAUCGAAAGGAAUACAAAACAGAACGGACCUACAAAGAGGAAAGCAAAUUACACAAAAAUGAGGACCGAGACAGGAGAAACCACGGGCAGGACUCUCGCAGCAACAGCUCCUCCACAUCCAAGCGCGAGGAUCGUGAACGCAGACGUUCGCCAAGUCCCAAAACCAGCAGGCGGCCCAAAAGCAGCUCAGACGAGGCAGACGACACUGGAGAGUCAACGGAAAGCGACUCCGACUCGGCCUACGAGCGCAGAAAACACAAAAAGUCAUCUAGCCGCAAGUCCAGGAAGCACUCCAAGAAGUCCAAGCACAGAACGAGGAAAGCGGACAACGACUCAAGUGCGGACAGCGAUGGAAGCUCCCAUGAAGACCACCGACGCCACCCCAGCAAGUACAAAAAGAAGACUAAGAAGAGCAAGCACGCCAGGUCCCGGACUCGCUCAAGAUCACGGGGAAGAGGCAGAUAAAGAGUUGAAAUCUUUAUUUAAACAUAGUUUCUCUAGACGUUUAAGUUCUUUUGUAUCUUACGGGAUUAUCAUAUAUUUCAAUUAACUCACAAAUUAAUCACAAA